AUGGCGGAAGCAAGGUCGGAGCUUUUUAGUACUCCGCCGUCAAAACAAACAACGAUUAUUAAGAAUGAAGCAGUUCCAAGGGGAGUUAUUUAUUGCUGUGUUCCGCUUUGUAAAAGCUACAGUGGAAAGGUAGUCGAGGGAAAAAAGGUUACUCUACACAGAAUUCCCUUAGACGAAAAAUAUAAACCGAGCAGCUGGAUACAACAACUUCGCAAUGUACGAAAUGAUUUUACUGCCAAAGCUGGAACACGAGUGUGCAGCUUGCACUUUGUGGGCAAGAGUGGGCCCAAACCAUGGUGUCCAAUUCCAACAUUAUUCCCCUCGAAGCCAGCACCUGAACCUUGUGAGAACACAGCAGUACGAAGACGACUAAAUUUUGAUUCAGGUGUGCAAUACGGCGAACCAGAAAAUAUUGAAUUAAACGCCUUGGACUUUGAGCAUUGUUUUCACGAUUACUUGCCAAAAGAGGCAUUUAAGCCUGAAUCUGGAGAUAUUUUGCGAGACACGACGAGAGACACAG